AUGGAAGUAACCAAGAAAAACAAACGAGAUGGCACUGAAGUCACUGAAAGACUUAUCACUGAAACAGUAACUACAAGACUUACAUCCUUACCACCAAAAGGGGGGACCAGCAAUGGCUAUACUAAGACGAGCUCUCUUGGUGGAGGGAGCCGAAUGGAGAAACAAAGCCUGAUACACGGCAGCAGUGGCUACAUAAACUCAAGUGGAAGCACAAGAGGCAAUUCCUCCACGUCCAGUUACAGGAGAGCUCAUUCACCUGCCUCAACUCUGCCCAACUCACCAGGCUCAACCUUUGAAAGGAAAACUCACGUCACCCGCCAUGCAACAUACGAAGGGAGCUCCAGCGGAAACUCUUCUCCCGAGUACCCUCGGAAGGAAUUUGCAUCUUCUUCAACCAGAGGACGGAGCCAAACACGAGAGAGCGAAAUCCGAGUUCGACUGCAGAGUGCGUCCCCAUCUACACGAUGGACAGAAUUGGAUGAUGUUAAGCGUUUGCUCAAGGGGAGCCGAUCAGCAAGCACGAGCCCCACACGAAACUGCUCCAACACACUCCCCAUCCCCAAGAAGGGCACUGUGGAGACCAAAACAGUGACAGCAAGCUCCCAAUCAGUGUCGGGCACCUACGAAGCAACAGUCCUGGAUGCCAGCCUUCCCUCUCAUGUGUGGUCCUCCACCUUGCCUGCGGGGUCCUCCAUGGGAGCCUAUCACAACAACAUGACAACCCAGAGCUCAUCGCUCCUCAACACCAAUGCCUAUUCUGCAGGAUCGGUCUUUGGAGUUCCAAAUAACAUGGCGUCUUACUCUUCCACGCUCCACCCCGGACUCAGCACCUGCUCCUCAGUGUUCGGCAUGCAGAACAAUCUGGCCCCCAGCUCAACCACCCUGUCCCAUGGCACAGCCACCACUUCCACAGCAUAUAGUGUGAAGAAAAACACACCCCAGAACCCUGCUGCUGUGAGCACCGGAGUGUCCACAUCUGCUGCCAGCACAACAAUUGCCCAGAAUGAUGACCUUUCGCCCAAGGACUGUAAGUUCCUGAUCCUGGAGAAAGACAACGUGCCCGCCAAGAAGGAUAUAGAGCUGCUGAUCAUGACCAAAGACAGCGGGAAGGUCUUCACUGCCUCCCCAGCAAGCAUCGCUACGACUUCUUUUUCAGAGGAUACCCUAAAAAAGGAAAAGCAAGCCACCUACACUGCUGACACCACCCUGAAGUCUGAAGCUAAUGGAGACCUGAAGACAGCAUCCACCAAGGGCAAGGCCACCUAUGCAGAAAUCCAGGGCUAUGACCGCAGUGGUGGAGGCAGUGGUGCUGGUGGCAAAGGCCCCUGGGGGGCAGCGCCAACCUGGUACCCCUGUGGCUCCGGCUGCAGCUGGUGGAAGUGGCUGCUGGGCCUGCUGCUCACCUGGCUGCUCCUCCUGGGGCUGCUCUUCGGCCUCAUCGCUCUGGCGGAGGAGGUGAGAAAACUGAAAGCGCGAGUGGAUGAACUGGAGAAAAUCAAGACCGGUGUGAUAAAUUUUGAGAAGAUAGAGAGCGCCAACAAGGAACGUCUCCUGGGUGUCACACCCGGGGUGGGAACGGACCUGGGCACAGGCAGGCUGGACGGCCAAAGUCAGGAGGCACUCUGGGUAUUCGUGAAGAACAAGCUAAUGACUGAACAAGAAAAUGGGAAUCUCCGAGGAAGCCCUGGCCCUAAAGGUGACAUGGGAAGUCAAGGCCCUAAAGGUGAUCGAGGACUCCCUGGGACUCCAGGUAUCCCUGGGCUCUUGGGCCAUCCAGGUCCAGAAGGACCAAAGGGACAAAAAGGCAGCGUGGGAGAGCCUGGCAUGGAGGGACCAAUGGGCCUGAGAGGGCGAGAAGGUCCCCCAGGACACCGCGGUGACCCAGGGCCUCCUGGGUUUGGUGAGAAAGGAGACAGAGGGCCUACUGGUGAGCCAGGACCUCAGGGCCCACCUGGUGUCCCAGGUUCUGUGGGCCCCAAAGGUUCCAGUGGUUCUCCUGGCCCACAGGGCCCCCCAGGUGCUAUAGGCCUCCAAGGGCUCCAAGGUGAAGUGGGACUCCCUGGUGUCAAAGGUGAUAAAGGACCUAUGGGACCGCCAGGACCCAAAGGUGACCAUGGCGAGAAAGGAUCCCGAGGCCUCACAGGCGAGCCUGGCUCGAGAGGUUUGCCUGGUGCUGUGGGUGAGCCUGGGGCUAAAGGAGCAAUGGGUCCCGCUGGCCCUGACGGACAACAAGGCCCAAGAGGUGAACAAGGUCUCACAGGGAUGCCUGGAAUCCGUGGCUCACCAGGACCUUCUGGAGACCCAGGAAAGCCAGGUCUCACGGGACCCCAAGGACCUCAGGGACUUCCUGGUAGCCCCGGCCAACCAGGGCUUAAAGGUGAACCGGGAGCUCCAGGCAAGAUCGUGACUGCAGAGGGGUCAUCGACUGUCACUGUCCCAGGCCCCCCGGGACCUCCUGGAGCUAUGGGACCCCCAGGACCUGCAGGCUCCCCAGGUCCUGCCGGCCCUGCUGGUCUCCCAGGACAGCAAGGCCCACGAGGGGAGCGAGGGCUUGCUGGUGAAUCGUUUCUGGAGAGCAGCAGCUCCAUCUCUGAGUUCCUCACUACACAAGGUAUUGAUUUACGAGGUCCCCCAGGUCCACCUGGGCCACGUGGUCCACCAGGACCUUCUAUUCCAGGCCCUCCAGGACCCCGAGGCCCAGCAGGGGAAGGAUUGCCAGGCCCACCAGGCCCGCCAGGAUCUUCAGAAACCUUAUUCUCUGGGCCCCCAGGCCCACCUGGCCCCCCAGGCCCCAAGGGAGACCAUGGGCCCCCAGGUCCUCGAGGACACCAAGGCGAGCAAGGCCCCCCAGGGUUCUCAAUAUCAGAUUCCGGUUCUCUUGGAUUCAGCCUGCAGGGACCCCCAGGCCCUCAGGGGCCCAAGGGUGACAAAGGUGAUCCUGGUGUUCCAGGGGCUCCUGGCAUUCCUGGCGGUCCCUCUCAAGGGGGAUCGUCCGGUGCCACGUACAUACCAGGCCCACCAGGCCCGCCGGGGCCUCCUGGGCCACCAGGCUCCAUCAUCAGCAGCUCUGGCCAGGAGAUUCGGCAGUACAUCUCCGAGUACAUGCAGAGUGACAGUAUUAGGUCUUACCUAUCUGGAGUUCAGGGUCCCCCAGGCCCACCUGGUCCCCCAGGGCCUGUCACCACCAUCACAGGAGAGACCUUUGACUACUCAGAGCUGGCAAGCAGUGUCGUGAGCUACUUACAGACCUCAGGGUACAGCAUUGGUACAGCCUCCGCCUCCAUCUCCUCUGAAGACAUCCUGGCUGUUCUACAGCGGGAUGAUGUACGUCAGUAUCUACAGCAGUACCUGAUGGGCCCUCGGGGGCCACCAGGGCCACCAGGGGCCAGUGGAGAUGUGUCCCUCCUGUCUCUGGACUACGCAGAGCUGAGUAGCCGCAUUCUCAGCUACAUGUCAAGUUCUGGGAUCAGCAUUGGGCUUCCUGGCCCCCCGGGCCCCCCUGGCUUGCCGGGAACAUCCUAUGAGGAGCUGCUCUCCUUGCUGCGAGGAUCUGAAUUUGGAGGCAUUGUUGGACCCCCAGGCCCCCCAGGGCCACCAGGGAUCCCAGGCAACGUGUGGUCCAGCAUCAGCAUGGAGGACCUCUCAUCUUACUUGCAGACGGCCGGCUUCACAUCCAUCCCAGGCCCUCCAGGCCCUCCUGGUCCCCCAGGUCCUCGAGGGCCCCCGGGUGUCUCAGAAGCUCUGGCGACCUAUGCAACUGAAAACACUGACAGCUUCCGGAGUGAACUGAUUAGCUACCUCACAAGUCCUGACGUGCGGAGCUUCAUUGUCGGCCCCCCAGGCCCUCCAGGACCUCAGGGACCACCUGGAGACAGCCGCCUCCUGUCAGGGGAAAGCUCCUACAGUGGGGGUAGCAGCUCCUCCUCAGGAAGCUCAUCGUUCCGACCGGGUACCUCCCACAGCUCUUCAGCUGCCAUAGGAGGAGCCAGCAGGGGCUCCCUGGGCGAAGGAGACGGAGGCCCCUAUGGCACUGACUUCGGCCUGGGCGGAGGCUAUGGGGCAGCAGCAGAAGGUGGCAUGUAUGGUGCUGAUGGUGGAUCAUUCGGGGCUGGCUUUGCCGGAGGCCUGGAUUAUAAUGAGCUGGCUGUUCGGGUGUCGGAGAGCCUGCAGCGUCAGGGUCUGCUUCAAGGGAUGGCCUACACUGUGCAGGGCCCACCAGGCCGGCCAGGCCCUCAGGGGCCCCCCGGAAUCAGCAAGGUCUUCUCUGCCUACAGCAAUGUGACUGCGGAUCUCAUGGACUUCUUCCGAAUUUAUGGCACCAUUCCAGGACCCCCUGGACAGAAGGGAGAGGUGGGCACCCCAGGACCCAAAGGUGAGAUGGGCCCUGCGGGACCACCAGGACGGCCUGGCCCACCUGGCCCUCAUGGGCACAAGGGAGAAAAAGGAGACAAAGGUGACCACGUCCACGCUGGGCGGAGAAGGCGAAGUAUUGCCACCAAGCCAUGAGCCACCUUUGUGGAACAGCCCCCCCGGACCAGUUCUUGCAAUGGCUCAUGGUGCUUCUGUUGAAUUCCCUCCAGAGAGUGAGAGCUGGAGUCUGUCAACUUCCUACCGAGACAACAUAGCCAAAUAGGCAACUAGCGACACUUGUUUUAGCCUGGAACAAUAUACACAUAUAUAAAUCAGUCAAAGAUAGACAAUUUCAAACAGUUUCACUGCGUGGACUUUAAGAGUAGGUGCAGUGUUUUAGAAUGAGACUGACUUCUCUGCUAUCUAGAUCUCAGCUCCUUGGGUUUCUUAACACUUGGCUCAAGCCCCAGCCUAGGAAAGCCAUUUAUAUAAAGUUGGCUCAGGAGUCAUUGCACUUUGUCUAAAAAUGAGCCCAGAAACUGGCAGUGGGGGAGGAGGGUGCUUUCCUUGAGUUGAUACUUGAUAGGGGUGGGUCUGCUUAAUGUUUCAAGGCUGUGCUCAUAGGGCCUUCCUCUCCCAUUCACUCUGUAUUCUCCAGUCACAGAAAAUAGUUGGCUAAGAAGUCACUCUUGGAAUUGAAAAAGUUAAGAAAUUCACUUCCCCUGUAGGAGGUGACAGGGUUUCUUAUUACUUCUCUCUACAUAUUCCCACUUGCUUAGAAAUUUACGUUUGUAGCUAUGCUCUGUAUCUAUCGGUCCAUGCUUGAGUUUAUAGAUUUGUUAUACUGAGCUAGACUGCAUGCAGCAAAUAGAAGGGCCAUGGGCAAGGGAGACUUGGAAGGAAGAGGGGAAAAUAGAAUGAAUACCUGAUGCCAGGAAGGAUGGCUUCAGCUGGAGAUGUCGCCCUCUGUCUGCACGUAGGAAAUGGCAUGGGAGGCUGGGGACAGUUGGUUUUUAAGCACUUUUCAAUGUUUAAAAACAUUUGUAUCUGAUCUAUAAGAUGAAAAGCCAUUUCAAGUGUAAAAUUUCCUAUUAAAAAUUUUUUCUCUUUUUUAAUAUGUUUAAUGUGAUCCACCUGACCAAAGUUGAAAUAUAUAUAACAUAUAUAUAUAUAUAUUUUUGGUUUGGUUUGGUUAUAUAUGUUAAUUGGGGCUGACUGCAACAUUUUUUAUCACAAACACAAGAAAGCAGAAAUUGCUGUAUUUUGGAACAGUCUCUGGCAUUUUGUUUAAUCAGACCUUUUUCUGCAAGGGCUAACUCAAUCUGGGCAUUUUACAAAGCAUCUGAAGGUUUCCCCUAAGCGUGUUACUUGAAAUAAACAUAUACACAACAAAAGAGCAAUUUAUUUACAAUUACUGUAGUGAUUUAUUCUAGGACAAAGCAAUUAUAAUUGUAAGGCAAGUAAUAAAAAAUGGAAUAUCAAAACUCCUAUUAAGGAGAAAUGGCACAGAGAAACACAUAGCACAAUCAGACACUCAAAUCCAGAAGAGGCAAUACUUGGUCCAUUUGUAAAAUUGUUAUAAUCUGUGACUCUCAAUUUCUGAGCAGUUAAAAAUGGGGUUAAAGUACAUCUACUUCUACACCUCUUAAGAGACUGAAUUGUUUUUCUUAUUUUCUCACGUAUUAUCCUGGAAAACACACACCAGACACUUCACAUGGCCUAUUUGCUUCCUUUACUAAAUACCCAUGUGGCUAUUAAGCUAUGAACCAAUCUGGAAUUUUUUUAAAUGAGCUCAUGAAUUUUGCAGAAUUUCAGAAAACUUAAGCUUUACUACAAAUGAACAACUUCAGCUUUACUGUCUAAUGAAAACUUACCCUUGUAUAUAAUGAAUGCGCCACGCCUUUUUAUGAUUUGUUUUUUCAAAUAAAAGUCAUCAGUUUU